UAAAUUUCCGAUGAUCUUUGAAAUUAAUAAUGUCUAAAGACUGUGGUUUGGGGUUCUUUUUUUGUUUUGUUAAUCUAAUGUGUUUAUUACUUCAAUCUACAAUUAAGUGGGACGUAUUUUGUAGUUGCCUGGCUCUCUUUUGAAUCUCAUACAGAGAAAAAGAUGAAAUGUGAAUUAUUAUGAUUAAGAGUGUUGAGUUCCUUUUUUCAGUUUCUGGACGGUAUUUUUAAAACAAUUGAUCAUGUUUGGUAUGGUACGAUGUUCGAUAAUUCUUGUUGAAAUGGGAUUUCAUGAUUGGUUUAACAUUCCAGAUUUCCCCAUGUGACUCUCUUGUGCUGGUUUUAUAGCAGUUUGUCGAUUCUAAGCUUUAAAAUCUCAAACCCUCAGUUUUUAAGACUUUUUUUAAAAAGAAACCUUAUUUCCAAGAGGAAGAAUGAAAGAAUAAGGUCAAGCUGCAAAGCCGUACGAAAAAAAGAAGAUUAUAAAAUCUUAGACUAUGGUAGAUUAUUAUUUACCGUACGUGUAAUUAUUAUUAAAAGUCUAAAACUAUGGUAGAUCGGAUUCUGCUAAUAACUUCUCAUCGCCCAAUAAGUGUCGUAAGUAAUUUCUAUUUCUUUUUCCUUUUGCAUGAUUUACAGCAUUGAGUUGUGGCAAGUGGCGACUAUCAUUUCUGCACUUAAUAACGGGGAUAAAACGUCGUAAGGUGGAGAAGCUGGUAUGCUCAGAGGAGGACACUCUGUGUGGAGUUGAAGAGCAAAGUUUAGAAGUAUUAUCAAAGCAACAGUUAUGCAGUCAUCCUGGUUCAUUUGGAAAUAUGUGUAUCAUCUGUGGGCAGAGGUUGGAUGAGGAAUCUGGCGUAACGUUUGGGUAUAUUCAUAAGGGACUCCGACUUAAUAAUGAUGAAAUUAACCGGCUACGCAACAUCGACAUGAAGAGCUUGUUGCAGCAUAAAAAGCUUAUCCUGGUUCUUGAUCUGGAUCACACACUGUUAAAUUCAACCCAGCUGGGGCAUUUGACACCUGAAGAGGAGUAUUUAAGGAGUCAAAUAGAUUCUCUAGAAGAUGUCACGAAGGGCAGCCUUUUCCUAUUGAAUUCCGUGCAUACGAUGACAAAGUUGAGACCAUUUGUCCAUACGUUUUUGAAAGAAGCUAGUCAAUUAUUCGAGAUGUAUAUAUACACUAUGGGGGAGCGAGCAUACGCGUACGAAAUGGCAAAGCUGUUGGACCCCAAAAGGGAGUAUUUUAAUUCCAAAGUCAUUUCUAGGGAUGAUGGCACUCAAAAGCAUCAAAAAGGUCUUGAUAUCGUGCUGGGUCAGGAAAGUGCUGUUCUGAUCCUCGAUGAUACCGAAAAUGCAUGGACAAAGCAUAAAGAAAACUUGAUAUUGAUAGAGAGAUAUCACUUUUUUGCUUCAAGUUGUCACCAAUUUGGCUUCAACUGUAAAUCUCUAUCUGAGUUGAAGACUGAUGAGAGUGAAACUGAUGGGGCACUGGCGACCAUCCUGAAAGUUCUUAAGCAAGUUCAUAAUAUAUUCUUUAAUGAACUCUUGGAUGAUUUGGUUGACAGAGAUGUGAGGCAGGUUUUGAAGACAGUUCGAAGCAAAGUUCUGGAGGGAUGCAAGGUCGUCUUCAGCCGAGUCUUUCCGACCAAAUUUCAGGCCGAAAACCAUCAUCUUUGGAAGAUGGUAGAGCAGCUGGGAGGCACUUGCUCAACCGAACUCGACUCGUCUGUGACACACGUUGUCUCAACAGAUCCUGGAACGGAGAAGUCACGUUGGGCAUUGAAAGAGGAAAAGUUUCUGGUCCAUCCACGGUGGAUAGAAGCAUCGAACUACUUCUGGAAACGGCAAGCCGAAGACAACUUCCCGGUCGAGCAAAGCAAGAAACAAUAACACAGGUAUUCAUCUCUUCAAGGGUUGAUUCAAAGUCCAGCUCUUUGGUUCAUGUAGAUGUGUAGAUGCGUUGUGUUGUAAUUUGGGGUAACCAUUUUGAGUUGUGGGUUAUAAUUGCAUGGCUGUUACUUUCCCCAGUUUGGCUUGUGUUCCUUUUAAAAAACAUUCAAGCCCUAUGGUUCUGUAUUUGUAAUUCUUCUCAUGUAUUUAUCGGAGUUUAGAUAAGAACACGUAACUCGGAAGUUUCGUGAAGGAAUCUAGCAGAUUUAUAUAUUAGAAAUAACAAUGAGGUUGCCUUCGAGUUGGUUUA